AUGGCUCACCAGGCGUCCUUCUCCACUGUGAACCCACCGACACUCAGCCUCACUCCCGAUCUCUACCAAAAGCUCAUGAAUUUGCUCAGCCCCUCAAACCCAAAGGCCAAUUUCGUGGGUAACGUUCCUGAUUCUCUCUCUUCUGCUCAAGGUCGAACAUGGGUCAUCGAUAGUGGAGCUAGCCACCACAUGUGCCAUGAUCAGACCCUCUUCUCUGAAAUUUCAUCUCCUUCGCAUGCUCCAAAUGAUUACGUUUGUCUGACCAUACAUACGGAGUCCACUGCAUCCUCAUCAGCUGCAUCGGCUUCAGGUUUUACUCAAUCUCAGGCAGACCACUCCUUAUUUAGUCUUAUUACUCAUACCAGCAUCACUAUUGUCCUCGUUUAUAUUGAUGACAUCUUAGUUGCUGGCAUAUUCCUCAACCAACGCAAGUACACACUUGAUAUCUUGACUGAUAGUGGUCAACUUGGUGCCCGUACUGCUCACUUUCCCAUGGAACAAAAUUUGAAGCUCACAGACCGUGAUGGCUCCCUCCUCACCGACCCUGUCAGUUCAUGCAUGCUCCUCGAGAUCCACACAUGCAGGUUGCCAUCCGUGUUCUUCGCUAUCUCAAAGGCAGUCCCGGUCAAGGCAUCUUUUUCUCAUCAUCUAGCAAUUUGCAUGUUACUGCACGAGCCCCAUUUCUUUGUGAACAAAAAAAAGAUGACAGUGGCACGUUCCUCUGCUGAAGCCGAAUAUCGCGCCAUGACAGUCACUACUUGCGAACUCACCUGGCUGAAACAGCUCCUCACAGAUCUUGGUAUCUCUCAUUCUGAGCCUAUCAGUCUUUAUUGUGACAAUCAAUCUACUCUACACAUCGCUCACAACCCUGUCUUUCAUGAGCACACCAAACACAUUGAGAUUGACUGUCACAUUGUUUGUGAUAAAAUUCGGGCAAGCUUCCUUACAGCCGUUCACACCUCUUCUCAUGAGCAACUUGCAAACAUUUUCACCAAAGCUUUGGGACAGGACCUUUUUCACCACUUUCUCCACAAGUUGGGCAUUAUGGAUCUCUAUGUACCAACUUGA